AUGGGGCCUCUGACCCAGGUGUUGGCCUACACGAUUGUAGCUCUGUUGUCCCACUCUACCCAAGCAGGAGUUCUUAAGAGAGUUAUCCGCCACAAGAGGCAGAGCGGCAUCAAUGUCACGUUGCCAGAAGAGAACCAGCCAGUCGUGUUUAACCAUGUCUAUAACAUCAAGAUGCCCAUGGGUUCCCACUGCUCAGUAGACCUAGAAUCAGCCAGUGGGGAGAAAGAACUGAACCCUGCAACUGAGCUAGGCGAACAUUUCCAAGAACACACUCUUAACGAGGAGAAUCAAAUCGUUUUCACACACCGAAUCAAUAUCCCCCGGCGGGCAUGUGGCUGUGCGCCAGCUCCCGACAUCAAGGAACUGCUAAGUCGACUAGAGGAGUUGGAGGGACUGGUGUCCUCACUACGGGAGCAGUGUACCAGUGGGGCUGGCUGCUGUCUCCAGCCUGCAGAAGGUCGCCUGGACACUGCACCCUUCUGCAGUGGUCGAGGCAACUACAGUACAGACAGCUGUGGUUGUGUGUGUGAACCAGGCUGGAAGGGUCCUAAUUGCUCUGAGCCAGAAUGUCCGGGAAAUUGCAACAACAGGGGUCAGUGUAUCGAUGGACAGUGUGUCUGUGAUGAGGGCUUCACUGGUGAGGACUGUGGCCAGCUGGCCUGUCCUAGUGACUGCAACGACCAAGGCAAGUGCGUCCAUGGCUCCUGUGUCUGUUUCGAGGGGUAUACCGGGGAGGACUGCAGCGAGGAGCUCUGCCCUGUGCCCUGCAGUGAGCAUGGCAAAUGCAUGAACGGGCAAUGCAUUUGUGAUGAGGGCUUCGCUGGUGAGGACUGCAAAGAGCCUCUGUGCCUUAACAACUGCUACAACCGCGGGCGCUGUGUGGAGAACGAGUGUGUGUGUGACGAGGGUUUCACGGGUGAGGACUGUAGCGAGCUCAUCUGCCCCAAUGACUGCUAUGACCGGGGCCGCUGUGUCAAUGGGACCUGCUACUGUGAGUUAGGCUUCACCGGAGAAGACUGUGGGCAGCUCACCUGCCCGAAUGGCUGUAACAACCAGGGCCAGUGUGAGGAAGGGCAGUGUGUUUGUGAUGAGGGGUUUGCUGGCGAUGACUGUAGUGAAAAGCGGUGUCCCGAGGACUGCCACAACCAUGGCCGCUGCAUUGACGGGCAGUGUGAGUGUGAUGAUGGGUUCACAGGGGAAGACUGUGGGGAACUCAAGUGUCCCCGGGACUGCAGCAGGCACGGCCGCUGUGUCAAUGGGCAGUGCGUUUGCGAUGAGGGCUACACUGGGGAGGAUUGUGCCAACCGCCGGUGCCUCAAUGACUGUAACAACCGCGGGCGCUGUGUCCACGGGAAGUGUGUGUGUGAGCAAGGCUUCACAGGUUAUGACUGUGGAGACAUGAGCUGUCCCAACGACUGCCACCAUCAGGGGCGCUGUGUGAAUGGGAUGUGCGUGUGUGAUGAUGGCUUCAUGGGGGAAGAUUGCCGGGAUUUGCGGUGCCCCAAAGACUGUAACCACCGGGGGAUUUGCGUGGCUGGGAAAUGUAAAUGCCAGGAGGGCUUCGCUGGGGAAGCCUGCGGAGAGUUAGCUUGCUUAAAUAACUGCAAUAACCGGGGCCGUUGCGUGAAUGGACAAUGCGUUUGCAACGAGGGUUUCAUGGGGAGAGACUGCAGCGACCUAAGAUGUCCAAACGACUGUAACAACCAAGGGCGCUGUGUGGAAGGCAAAUGCGUCUGCCACGAGGGAUUUGGAGGAGAAGACUGCAGUCAGCUUUCCUGCCUGAACAACUGUAAUGACUGGGGUCAGUGUGUCGGCGGGCGCUGCAUCUGCAAUGAAGGCUACACUGGCGAAGAUUGUUCGGAGGUGUCCCCACCAAAGGACCUCAUAGUGACUGAAGUGACAGAAGAAACUGUAAACCUGGCAUGGGACAAUGAAAUGAGGGUCACAGAGUACCUUGUCACCUACACUCCGACAAACUCAGAUGGUCUGGAAAUGCAGUUCCGUGUGCCUGGGGACCAGACAUCCACCAUCAUCCGUGAAUUAGAGCCAGGGGUAGAAUACUUUAUCCGAGUCUUUGCUAUCCUUGAGAACAAGAAAAGCAUCCCUGUCAGUGCAAGGGUGGCUACUUACCUGCCUGCCCCAGAAGGCUUGAAAUUCAAAGCUAUCAAAGAGACAUCAGUGGAAGUGGAGUGGGAUCCUCUAGACAUUGCUUUUGAAACCUGGGAAAUUAUCUUCCGCAACAUGAAUAAGGAUGAUGGAGCAGAAAUCACCCAAAGCCUGAGGAGGCCAGAAACAACUUUCAGACAGACUGGCCUGGCUCCAGGACAGGAGUAUGAGAUAUCUCUGCAUAUUGUGAAAAACAACACCCGUGGCCCAGGCCUGAAGAAAAUAGCAACCACACGUCUGGAUGCUCCCAGCCAGCUAGAUGUAAAAGAUGUCACAGACACCACUGCUCUAAUCAGCUGGUCUAAACCCUUAGCUGAAAUUGAUGGCAUUGAACUCUCCUAUGGUAUCAAAGAUGUUCCAGGUGAUAGAACAACUAUCGAUCUCACUCAUGAUGACAACCAGUAUUCCAUUGGAAAUCUGAAACCUGAUACAGAAUAUGAAGUGUCCCUCAUCUCUCGAAGAGGAGACAUGUCAAGCAACCCAGCCAAAGAAACCUUUGUAACAGGUCUGGAUGCCCCUCGAAAUCUAAAACGCAUCUCCCAGACUGACAACAGCAUCACCUUAGAGUGGAAGAAUGGCAAGGCUAAUAUUGACAAUUAUCGGAUCAAGUUUGCUCCCAUUUCUGGAGGAGACCAUGCAGAGAUUGAAGUGCCAAAGAGCAAACAGGCUACAACCAAAACCACACUCACAGGUCUGAGACCUGGCACUGAAUAUGGCAUUGGAGUGUCGGCCGUGAAAGAUGAUAAGGAAAGCAAUCCUGCCACCAUCAAUGCUGCCACAGAUAUGGAUGCCCCCAAGGACCUUCAGAUUUCAGAGCCUACAGAAACCACUUUGCCCCUGCUCUGGAGAAGACCUCUGGCCAAAUUUGACCGAUACCGCCUGAUCUACAGUUCUUCCACGGGACAGCAAAAGGAAGUCCAGUUACCAGCAGACACCACCUCUUACAUUCUGAGAGGUCUGGAUCCUGGCACUGAAUAUGCCAUCAACCUUGUGGUUGAAAAAGGACGGCAUAAGAGCAAGCCAGCCCGUGUGAAAGGUUCAACAAAGGAGGCACCAGAGCUCGGAAACCUUACCGUGACAGAUGUUAGCUGGGAUGCCCUCAAACUCAACUGGACAGCAGCAGAUGGGGCUUAUGACAACUUUGUCAUUCAGGUGCAGGAGGCCAACAAGUUGGAAGAGGUUCAGAAUCUCACAGUGUCUGGCAGCCUGAGAGCUGUGGAUAUCACAGGCCUCCAAGCUGCCACUCCUUAUAGAAUCACCAUCUAUGGGGUGAUUCAGGCCUACAGAACCAGCCCCCUUUCUGCUGAAACCUCCACAGAAGAAACUCCCAAGCUGGCAGAGUUAACCGUAUCAGAGGUUAGCUGGGAUUCUCUCAAACUCAACUGGACCACCACUGAUGGAGACUAUGAGAACUUUGUUAUUCAGGUGCAAGAGGCUAACCAGACUCUUACCAUCCCAGGAGGACAAAGAUCUGUGCAUGUGACUGGCCUCACAGCUGCCACCCUUUAUAGAAUCACCAUCCAUGGGGUGAUUCUAGGCUUUAGCACACACCCUCUUUCUAUUCAAGCCACCACAGAAGAGGUUCCAGAGCUGGGGAAUCUCACAGUGGCCAAGGUUAGCUGGGAUUCCCUUAAACUCAACUGGACUGCGGCCGAUGGGGCCUAUGAGACCUUUGUCAUUAAGGUGCAGGAGGCUAACAAUUUGGAGGAAGCCCAGAAUCUCACAGUGUCUGGCAAACUUCAUUCUGCUGAUGUUCUUGGCCUUCAAGCUGAAACCCCUUACACUAUUACCUUGUACGGUGUGAUUGGGGGCUACACUACUGAACCUCUUUCUGCUGAAGCCACCACAGAGGAACUCCCUAAGCUGGGAGAGUUAACUGUGACAAAUAUUAGCUGGGAUGCCCUCAAACUCAACUGGACCACAGCAGAGGAAGCCUAUGACAGCUUUGUCAUUCAGGUGCAGGAGGCUAACAAGUUGGAAGAGGUUCAGAAUCUCACAGUGUCUGGCAGCCUGAGAGCUGUGGAUAUCACAGGCCUCCAAGCUGCCACUCCUUAUAGAAUCACCAUCUAUGGGGUGAUUCAGGCCUACAGAACCAGCCCCCUUUCUGCUGAAGCUUCUACAGCAAAGAAACUAGAAAUUGGGGACUUAAAGGUUUCCAGCAUCACCCCUGAUAGUUUCAACCUCUCCUGGACAGCAACAGAUGGAGCUUUUGAGAUCUUUACCAUUGAAAUUAUUGAUUCCAAUAGGUUGUUGGAGCCUCUGGAAUACAAUAUCUCUGGCACUUUAAGGACUGCUCAUAUCUCAGGGCUCUUCCCCAAUACUGACUUUAUUGUCUACCUCUCUGGGAUAGCAUCUGGUAUCGGUAUUCAAACCAUAAGUAUGGCAACUACAACAGAGGCUCUGCCCCUACUGGAAAACUUAACCAUUUCCGACAUUAAUCCUCAUGGGUUCACUGUUUCCUGGAUGGCAUCGGAGAAUGCCUUUGACAGCUUUCUAGUAAUCGUGGUGGAUUCUGGCAAGCUGCUGGACCCCCAGGAGUUCACACUUUCAGGAGCCCAGAGGAAACUGGAGCUUAAAGGCCUCAUAACUGGCAUUGGCUAUGAGGUUAUGCUUUUCGGCUUGGCCCAAGGGCACCAAACAAAGCCUUUGAGUGCUGUGGUUAUUACAGAAGCAGAACCAGAAGUCGACAACCUUCUGGUUUCAGAUGCCACCCCAGAUGGUUUCCGUCUAUCUUGGACGGCAGAUGAAGGGGUCUUCGAUAGUUUUGUUCUUAAAAUCAGGGAUACUAAAAAGCAGUCUGAUCCACUGGAAAUAAUUGUACCAACCCAUGAGCGUACCAGGGACAUAACAGGUCUCAAAGAGGGCACAGAAUAUGACAUUGAACUCUAUGGAUUAAUCAGUGGACGACGAUCCCAGCCAGUCAAUGCCAUUGCAACCACAGCCAUGGGUUCACCAAAAGAAAUCUCUUUCUCCGACAUCACUGAAAACUCUGCCACUGUUAGCUGGACAGCACCCACUUCACUGGUGGAGAGCUUCCGGAUCACAUAUGUCCCUGUGGAAGGAGGAACACCUUCAGUGGUGACAGUGGAUGGAAGCAAGACUCAGACUGGGCUGGUGAGACUGAUGCCUGGAGUGGAGUAUCUUGUGAGCAUCAUCUCAAUCAAAGGCUUUGAGGAAAGUGAGCCUGUAACAGGGACUCUCACAACAGCUCUUGAUGGCCCAUCAGGCUUGGUAGCAGCUAAUAUCACUGACUCUGAAGCCCUAGCCAUGUGGCAGCCAGCCAUUGCUACUGUGGACAGCUAUGUCAUCUCCUACACUGGGGACAGAGUGCCAGAAGUGACUCAAACAGUAUCUGGAAAUACAGUGGAAUAUGCUUUGAAUGACCUUGAGCCUGCAACAGAGUACACGCUAAGGAUCUUUGCAGAGAAGGGGCCUCAGAAAAGUUCCAUAAUCACCACUCAUUUCACAACAGACCUAGAUUCUCCAAGAGAUUUGGUGGCAACUGAGGUUCAAUCAGAAACUGCACUGUUAAAAUGGAGGGCUCCUCGUGCACCUGUCACCGGUUAUCUCCUCAUCUAUGAGUCUGUGGAUGGAACCAUCAAGGAAGUCAUCCUGGGACCUGACACAGACACCUACAGCCUCACAGAGCUGAGCCCUUCCACGCACUACACAGCCAAGAUCCAGGCCUUGAAGGGAGCCCUGAGGAGCAAGCUCAUUCAGACCAUUUUCACUACAAUUGGACUCCUCUACCCAUAUCCCAAGGACUGUUCACAAACAAUGCUGAAUGGGGAAACAGCCUCUGGCCUCUAUACUAUCUAUAUUAAUGGGGAUAAGACCCAGGCACUAAAUGUCUUCUGUGACAUGAGCUCUGAUGGAGGUGGAUGGAUUGUAUUUCUGAGACGUAGUAAUGGACAUCAAGAUUUCUACCAGAAUUGGAGGACCUAUGCUGCUGGAUUUGGGAAACUUGGAGAUGAAUUUUGGCUUGGGCUGGAUAACAUUCACAAAAUCACUAACCAGGGACAGUAUGAAUUAAGGGUGGACCUCCGGGAUCAUGGUGAGACAGCUUAUGCCAUCUAUGAUAAAUUCAGUGUUGGAGAUGCCAAGUCCCGCUAUAAGCUAAAAGUGGAUGGAUACAGUGGAACAGCAGGUGAUUCCAUGGCCUACCACAAUGGAAGGUUCUUCUCUACAUAUGAUAAGGACACAGAUUCAGCCAUCACAAAUUGUGCUCUCUCCUACAAGGGAGCUUUCUGGUACAAGAAUUGCCACCGAGUCAACCUUAUGGGCCGGUAUGGUGACAACAAUCAUAGUCAGGGAGUUAACUGGUUCCACUGGAAGGGCCAUGAGCACUCAAUUCAGUUUGCUGAAAUGAAGCUAAGACCCAGCAACUUCCGGAACCUAGAAGGCAGAAGAAAACGGGCAUAAAUACUUCAUGGACAAGAGGGAAGACCAUCGAGGGGAGGGGAGGGAGACCCAGAGAAAUACAGAGGAUCUUACCAAAGCAUCAAAGCCACUGGCCCCAACCACAGCCAGGGCCAUAAUGUUGAUGACAUCAUGAGCAAUAGUGCCGAUCUCACUCGCUCUUCGGUAAAAUCCUUCACACCAAAGACAAUGAUCUCAAAGGGGUUUUCUUUUCGGUUUUAUUAGGGGCUUUUUGUUUGUUUGUUUAUUUGUUUCUGAAAAAUUCUUCCAGUGACAGUUUCACAUGAUCUUUCUCUUGGGUGGCUCUGGGGAAGCACAGGGAGCAGGUUGUACAUUGGUAGUUUGUUUUAGAACCAGCCAUAUUUUACACAAAACUGUACAAUUAAUUAUCAUUAUUAGCUAUAAUUAAAUGUGUGUCAUUGGAAGGCUUUUUUUUACAUUUCAGACAACAGAGACCAGAAAAGCAAUACCAUUUCAA